GCCUGGCGACGUUCCUUCCCUUGAUGAAGCAUGAGUCGCGAAUAGACGAACUGUACCUCCCCACGAAGUCGAGAGCCGUCCACGACGAGCUGGCAGUGGAGAAGAUCUGGGGCGAUCAGGGCAUCAGGUACAUGAGAUAUUAGACUGACUCGCUCAGGAGCUGCUGAGUCAAUCGGAAUGUCGUGUGUGUGGUUGGGCUCUGAUGUGACUGCAGGUUCAGCCAGGUCAUUCUCGUGUGGCAAGGUUCGUUCGACGCCAACGUGCUCACGGCUGAGCGAUUCGCCAGGGCUCACACGGUUGUCCAAGGCAUCCUGACAGACAGGGUGGAGCACGAGGGCAAGACCGUCACCUUCGCCGACGUAUGCGCCGGCAGCAUCAUGCCCGACGGUAGCUGCUUCCUUCUGUCUGUCUUCACGUGGUGGGACAACAAGACUCUCCCAAGCACCGACGAGCAGCUCAUUCAAGAGCUGAAUGCGCCGACUCGUGUGGACCGGUGGGGGAGACCGCUGCGGGAUGAGGUGCCGCUGCUGCUGGCCAAAGCACAUCACGAUGCCGAGGGCCGAGUGGACAGCGCGGCUGCCUAUCACUUCAUCUUUGGCACCAAACGGACAGAUGAAGGCACAUCAUGGUGAGCGGACCAAAGUCGGUCGAUUCGCCAACGCAAAUGUCUGUUGCUCGUAUGUCUGUUGUUCGUCUGUGUCCCGCCUGGGCUAGCUCCAUCCGAUACGUCCGUCUCUCACUUUCUCUCUCUUCGUCUGAUUGAUGCCUGAAGGAGGCAGCUAGGGAAGCAUGCAAGCAAUGCAAUCUUCUAAUCACGUGGCGGGCGAUUCCUUCCUGAGGCACUCACUCUAUGCUUGACGAAUGGAUCGAUGAGCUGUUUGUUGCCGGGAUGAUCUGCCUGCCUGCCUGCCUGUGUUGCCUGUGUCGUGAUCGACGUGCAGGCCGCAAGGAGGCACGGCAGGAUGAUAUAUAUGGCUUUUUCCUUUCUGUCGUGUAAGGCUAAGGCGGUUACAGUCCGCGUGAUGAUAUAGGUGGAUGGAUGGAUGGUGUUCAUUUGCUGCUAGUAUGUAUCUAUGGUGUCCAAAGUACAGAAUGACAAAAGGUAGUAAUAUACCGCUGGCUGCUACAUUUCCAUGCAUUCAAACGUCUUGCUGGCUGCUUUGCUUUGCGGGCCGGCCCAUAUGUAUUUCCCUGUCCAUCGGUCCCUUCGUACGUGCGUUGGUUGGUACAGUGAGUGGAUGGACGUGGCGGAUUUAAUUUAAUGUGUGUGCACGUGUGACACAUGUAGGGUGGGUGCAUGGCUUGCAGGGCCGGGGGUGCGCGCGUGCGUGCGUGUGUGUGCGUGUGUGUGCGUGAGUUGAUGGAUGAAUCGAUCAGCCUUGCGUGUGCUGUGCACUGCAGGACAGCUGACGUGCGAGAGGUGAGUGAGGUAUGGCGUGCAGCUGAGAGAGAGACUGACUGCAUGGAUGGCAUCUGUGCUGUCUGUUUGUCUGGCGUAAUAUAUUUUAGCUAUGGCUGACCGGCGGAGUGCGUGGCUGCAGCAAGCAGCCAGCGCGUACCUGACGGCUAGCUGAUGUGUUCUGAGCGAUGGUUGUGUUGCUCAGAGGGAUGUGUGUGUGUGUGUGGAUGCUGACUGACACAUGUCGGUGCUCUGCGCGUGUGGGUGUGGAUGCUGACUGACACAUGUCGGUGCUCUGCGCGUGUGUGUGUGGGCGGCCGAGCGACGGCCGACCAGAACUCACUGAUUGAAUGUUCAACCAGCUGUCCGUGGGAUCGACUGCACAUGCAUACACCAGCACACCGACCGAUGGAUGCAUUGGCGGGUCGGUCAGUGAGUGACAUUAAAUUUUUGAUCUCUCGUUUUGUUUGUGAGGGCGCGCGUGGGCAUGCGUGGCGCACACGCACCCUGACACACACACACACACACACACACAGACACAGAGACACACAGACACACAGAAAGACCCCAGGCGGAGCUCCAAGAGAAGACCCCACGACCAAUCAGGUCUGUCUGAUGCACACGUCGAUUUGUA